UAAAGAUGGCGGACAAACGUCUCAACUGUACUUACAGAACAUUAGAAGAGGUGUUUUGCGCAAUAAAAGACCAUGAAAUACAAUCAACAACAACAUUCGUUUCGGGAACCACAGUAAAAGAUUUUGGAAAACAUUCUUUGGAUAGUAUCGCCAACAAAAAGAUUUACUGGUAUAAUUCAAAACCAUAUAUAAACCUUGGAAACAAAGUCAUGUAUUGUCAUCAUGGGAAAGACCACCACAGAAGGAGAAAGGAGAGACUAGAAGCCUCCAAACCUUUAGACCAGAAGCCAAGAAACAAAAGUUGCAAGAAGCUAGACUGUCCGGCACAGAUAAUUAUAAAAGAGAUAGUGCUGUUUCCACUCUUUAAGGCAUCAACUGAAAAGAAGUCAGUGAAAGAUAGAGUAAGCAGAGAGUUGAGAGAAUCCUGGGCCAGAGGUGACUUGAUACAGGAGAAACUAUUUCUGGUUGGUACUCGUUAUGAACACAAGAAUCACGCAAUUGGAAAAGCGGCAGAAAUUUCUCAGCCGGUUCACAGAGAUAUCAUCAAGAAAAUCCACGAAAUGGUUGAUGAAGGGGUUAGAGAUAUGGAUGAGAUGAGAAGGCAUAUUAAGUUUUUUGUACCACAGUUGACACAAUCAGUCCCAAGUGUAACAAACCGAAGGUUCUAUCCAUCAAUGAAAACAAUUAAAAAUCAUAUGUACUUGGCCUCAAAGAAAGAUGAAACCAGCAUUUCAGACCAAGACAAAUUGAGAGAAUUUCAGAUGCAUCCAAGUGUACAAGUCGAAGGGACAGAGGCAGACUACAUUCCUGUCCAGUGCUUUGACCCAGUUUGUGCAUAUGAGACUCCACACAUGCACUGUCCAUUCUGCGUAAAGACCAAAUCAUACACUGAUCCUGCCAUCUUAAAAGCCCAUUACAGAGUGGAACAUGUUGAUAAAGGCAUUGAAUUUGCAGGGAUGCAAGUCCUACGCUGUUGUGACCAAUGUGAUAUUUUUGGUGUCAAAAAGGGAGAGAAAAAAAUGAAGGAAGCUCACUGGCACUGUUACAAAUGUCGGAAUGGAUUUAACAGAAGACAUGAAGCCAUUACACAUUACAAAAAUCAUUUGAGAAAUCCACAGAAAACAUUUCCGAUUCAUAAUUCACAGGAUAUAUACCAGCCAGUUACCCAAGCAACUGAAGCAAAAAAAGCUGCUGCCUGUAUAUCGACAGACAGUUUCUCUGUACAUGAUAGUAUAACAGAGGGCGCCGCAGCUCAUUCCAGUGGUAUAUCAAUGUUGUCCCGAGGUGUAGGGGCUGUGGAGACAGUUGGUAUCUCAGACACACAGACCGUCAUGGUAAUACAAGAUGAUGGACAGGGAAAUUUCUCAACUGUUCAGGAGCUUGGCACUAUACAGGACUUGGAUCCUCCUGACCAUACUAUAUUUGAUGAAACAGAAGAUACCAGUCAAGACACCAUUCAGGAACUGAGAGACAAGAUUGCACAACUUGAGAAAGAGAAAGCUGUACAGAAAGCUCACAUUGAUUUACUCAGUAAAAAGAUUGAAGAGCAAGCUGAGCAAAUAGCAUCGUAUAAAUUGAAGGAACAAAGUUUGCUGAAGCAGAUGCAAGAGUUACAGCAGGGCAUGUCGGUCCCGCGGGACAAGGCGAUGCAAGAUCUAUGCAAUCAGCUAGAAACUCAGCAUAGAGAAUUUAUACGUAAACAGAUUACACAGCUCAAACAUUCUCUUGUUCAAACCAGUGUCCCACAACCAAAAAUGACCGUGUUAAACACAAACGCGUUAAGUACGCAAUUAGGUCAAACAGUUAAUUUACAGGCAUUCCAUACAUAUGCUACUAAUGCUACACAAGUAGCUGUUUCAUCGGAUGUUAACCACUCUGCUGGUCUUAAUGAAGUGAGUUCUGGUUCUUUAAAAACUGAAGUGACUGAAGUUGACACUAAUAAUUGUGUUGAAGAAGGAAAAGUGACAGAUGAAACUAACAGUCAAAGGAGAAACACUAUGAAAAAGAAACUGAUUAUCCUGGAAAUACAUAAUUUACCGCAGCAGUUAGAUGGUAACAUUUUUGACGAGCCAAAAGAAAAAUGAUAUGGUUGGAAAUAAUAGUGUUAUUUUCAUCAGGUUAUGGAGUUAAAAUUUAUAUAAUUUGCCACUUUGUUCAAAAUAAAAUUCAUGAAAAAUUUU